UGAGGGUGUGCUCAGUGCCCUCAUCCAGGUCAUCAGUGAAGAUACUGAAGAGAACAGGCCCCAGUACGACCCCUGGGAAACAUCACUCAUGUCUGGUUGCCAGCUGGAUUUAACUCCAUUCACCUCCACUCUCUGGGCCCAGCCCUCCAGCCAGUUCUUUACCCAGCAAAGAGUGUACCUGUGCAAGCCAUGGGCUGCUAGCUUCUCCAGGAGAAUGCUGUGGGAGACAGUGCCAGAGGUUUUGCUGUAGUCUAGGUAGACUAUGUUGACAGCUCUUCCCCCAUCCACCAGGCUUGUAACUCGGUCACAGAAAGAUAUGAAACUAGAUAAUUUCUGCUUAGAAUUCUGUAGAGUCAUCAUGUAUUUGAAAAUCAAACUGUCAGGGUAAACAAAUAUGUAUUUGAUUAGAUAAAUAUUUAUUGUUGUCCUUUUUUACUAAUUGGGAAGCAAAGGCUGAAAUGAUUUGAUUACAGCUAUAACUAAUUAGCAAAGGAUAGAAUUUUAACUCGGGACUUUGAACCGAGACGAAAAAACGAACAGGAUGGAAUAUUGCAAACAGUGCUAAUGAAAAGAUAACAUAAGCAUGUUAAACUUUGUAUUGCAAGCAGGAACUUACUGUACCAGUAUAGAAAUCAUCUUCCCUUAAAGGCCUUUAGGCAAGUAGGCAGCUUAAGAAACUGCUGUGAGGUGAAAACAGAAUCUGGUUAGACCUUGGUCAUUUCCUUAUAUGAUAGCUCUGUGCCUCUGAUGUUACCUUUAUUAAGUUUGUUGCUUCUCAGGAAAUUCCUUAGGACAAAUUGGAGUUUAAAUUAUAUUUCCAAAUCAUUGAAGUUCAAAUAAGGAGCACCAGGCAAAUCGGGCUUCAUCUUGAAAAGCUGCAACAGAAUCCUGCCAAGAGAUUUUCUGUACUCACCUCCCAGGCUGUGCAUCUGAGUCACCUGAAGCAACUGCACUAAAUGUGGAAAUGUAGCUGACUCAGAGACAAGUGGUUGCCAUUCUUUGGUGGGAUGUCAUCAGCUACAGUUGAGCUACAUUGCAAUUUUCCCCCUGUCUUGAUCAAAUGUGAAAUUUCAUUAGAAUUUGGGCUGAGCCAAAGGACAAACAUUUUUUGUUGCACAGUGUCAGUGUGUUGAGUGACAGCCGUGUGCUACUAUAACAGCAUUGGGGAUUUUCCCCUGGAAAGCACUUCCAUUCAUUGCACCACGUGUUUUGGUCAAGGCAUUUGCAUCUAUGGUGAAAAUGAAGAGAUGAGGAUUUUCUUUGUUAUUGUUCCUGUAUUGCAUUUAAGCAAUUUGGACUGACUUAAUGAUUAUUUCUUAUUUCUAAACAUAGUUAAUUAAAAAAGCAAACCAAACCUUUAUUAGCUUUCCAUACUGUUAUGGGUUUUCUCUCCUGGAUGUUGUUUGAAUCAGAUUCCUUUGCUUUAGCAAUCUCAUGUUUGCUCUGGUGCCUGUGGUUCAUUUGAAUCUGAAAUAGCCAGCACUCACCUGAGGGAAAACCUGAGGUAAAUAGGUGAUAGUGCAUGCUGGACAAUCAGAAGGUUCUACAGUGAUCUUAAAAACAAUUUAAAAAUAUUUCUGUAAACCAGUUGUUGAAUGAGAAGUGGAUGGAUGGUUGGAAGCUUAAAAGCUUGAAUCAUUACAGUUUGGGACAUUUAAAGCUUAGACUAGAUUUAAGUGCUGUUUGAAGCCCUUAAUGGAAGGGGAGUAGAACAGCAUAUUUGAAAUCCCCUUUUCCUUUGCUUAGGGUUUAUAAUUGAAGCUAGAACUUGAAGUAUAUGGAAUCACUUUGCUGGUGGUGAAGGAAUGUCACCAUACUGCUCAAGUGUAGUGUGGUCAGCUUAAAUGCUCUAACUUCAGAACUAAAGGCUGGUUGGAAACCAGCUGAGGUGUACAUGCAUGUGCACUAAAUAUCAAUGAAGAAAAAAUCUGCCUUGCAGCUGUUGCUGGUGGUGUCACUGAGCUUCUCCUCCCAGCCCCCUACUUGACUCCUCGUUGCCUUUCACAGGCAGGGCACGAAGUGCAGAGUGGAGCUGCGUGCUUUGGUACAGGGCUAUGUAUGUCUUCCAGAGCCAGAUAAUGAUGUUGGACUGCAGGUGGGUCUCUGCCUGAUUCUGUUCUAGGCAUGAACAAAAUAAGCAAGAGAUGUAAAGGCAAAUCAGGCAUUACCUGGAGUAAAGACUUUUGGUGAUAUAACUUGUGCUCAGCUGAGUAACUAGCCUGGGGUUAUCCUUAUUGCAGGAGAGCUGAACCUUCAGCAUUACCCAGUAUAAGGCAAUUUGCUAAAAUUUAACUUUUUAAAAGUGAAAGUUGCUUUGGAAUAUAGGUGUCAGUUAUGUAGACAAAUAACAAAGUCUGUAAAAUGACCCAAAGUGCUUCUUGCAAGGAUAUGAAUGGAGGUCACUGAGGCAGCAUGUAGUGAGAGCAGAGAGAGGAUGUUAGUAGAUUUUAAUUAUGUCCAACAUGACAACGGUGUGUUUGCUUUUCUUUAUAAGUUCUUUGUACUUAAAGCUGGAAUAGAUUGGGAUUUUUUUUUUUAAUUUCUAUUUUUCCAAAUGUGCCACAGAAGCGAGAAAUACCAACCUUGCAAAACAUCUCCUUUCAGAUGGAACAUGGGCAUUUUGGCACCUUAGAUUUGACCUUUUCUUCGUCAUUGUUCGGUAAAUUUUGACCCAAUUUCUGUACAGAGGGAAAAGAGUGGAUCAGAUUGUGAUACCAGGUGGUUAUAGUAGACUGGAAAGAAAAGGUAAUGAGAGAAUUCAAGAAAAAAAAGACGUCUUUAGUCUUUAAGGUUUAUCUGUUUGAACUUGCACUAUGAGCUGGAGCUGUAAGCUUUCUAGCUGAUCUGUGUGAGAUAAGCUUCCAUGAGCCUUCUGCACCAGAAUCACAAUCUUGGACUCUUCUGUGCUGCAUAAGGAAAUCCCUGUUGUCACCCAAUUCUCAUGCAGUCAAUGUGCAGACCCUCAGGUGUUGCCUUCUGUAAACCAUGGUUGCUUCAUCUCUCAUAUCAGAGCAGCAUUCUUUCCAUGUGUCUAAAUGCGUUACAACAUGGUUGCUACCUUUGUAGAAGCCUGCUGUGGAAGCAGACCACACUGAUUUCCUUCAGCACCAUUUAAACUGUCAUUUUGUGGGUAGCUGCAAUGGGGAGUGCUGGCUGCGCUUUCAUUCUCACUAACAGACCAAUGAACCAUAACAAAAAUUCUGUGAAGCUGAAGAUGGGGGGGAAAAACCCCGUAUAUUUCAGUCUCCUCAUUCCUUUACCAUGGUAAAAGUGCAAUGCUUACUUAUCACUUCCUUCUAGAAGCUGAGUGUAACCAAAUGAACAAUUCCUGUAAUUCAGUGAGGUGUAUUGCAAAGUCUUGAAAAAUUAGAGCAGAGAGUAACCUCGAUAUUUCAAACUGUUAUGUAUUUGAAAACUAAUUGCAGGGCUCUGAGCUGAAAGAGCAACCACCGAGUUCAACGUGCAACAGGGUUAUGCCACAGAAAACCACAACUUGCUUUUGCAUGAAAUGGAAACUUAAGCAAGUCUGAAACUCGGUAAGCCCACAGUGAGAAUACAUUCACCGUGUGCUUCACAGUAAAGGUCUGCAUGGUGCGGUGGUUUCUUUGGAUCGUUGGCCUGGUCACAUCAUGUAAAAUCAAUCUUUGCUUAAAUAGGAAAUAGCUGGAAAGGAAAGCUGCUGCAGACCUGUGUGUCUUCUAACUGUGUUAUCUCUGCUGGCUGCUAACCACAUGUUUUAGCUGGUGUCCUUCCCAGUGCAUGAGCACGCCUGAUACUGUGAGUAAGGACACCGAACCCAAAGAUCCAUUUCCCAUUCCAAGAAAGAUUAUGGCUGAACCAGACUACAUAGAUGAUGACAAUCCUGAGUUAAUUAGACCUCAGAAAUUAAUUAAUCCUGUGAAGUCAUCCCGGAAUCAUCAAGAUCUCCAUAGAGAGCUACUUAUGAAUCAGAAAAGGGGUCUUGCACCUCAGAACAAACCGGAGUUACAAAAGGUGAUGGAGAAAAGAAAAAGAGAUCAAGUUAUUAAACAGCAAAAAGAAGAGGAGGCACAAAAGAAGAAGUCAGACCUGGAAAUAGAGCUACUGAAACGGCAGCAGAAACUGGAGCAGCUGGAACUGGAGCAACAGAAGAUACAAGAAGAGCAGGAAAAUGCACCUGAAUUUGUCAAAGUCAAGGGUAAUUUGAGGAGGACGGUCCAGGAAGCUACAGAAGCACCAGAUUCAUAGAGGCAGCGCCCACUAAGACUUCCAGCUUUCCUGCUGUGGCUGCAGAGAGACUUUUGCAAGUUGUCUCAGAUUUGCCCCAUCAAGAGGAAGAAGAACAGCAUUCUCCUGACACGUACUGAAGAUGAGAUUUUUAUUUCCUAGGACCGAGUGGAUUAUAGACUGUAACAGAUCGACUUGCCAAAUGCAGUUCUGGGAUUGAUGCAUGGCAUCAGGAGUCAGUUCAGUGUCAUGGACCAGUGCUUAUGGAAGUGCUUACUCAGAGAUUUUAACCAGGGAUAGCAGGGAAGCUUCUUCAGUGUUGCACUGCUUUUUCUCUCUUGUGAUACUAGCUUGGCAGAGGUACACAGAUGAUAUUUUGCUUUAAAUCAAAACAAACUCCUCCUGUGAUAUCUUAUGAAACUUUACUGUGCAGAUAUGUUUUCUCAUCUAGACCUAAAGCCUGUGUAUAUCUCACAAUUUAUUUGUGUUCAGUUGGAAUUUUUAUCAAAUCUGGGAUGAUAGGAGGUGUGUUGAUCAUCGAUGCCCAUCCCCACAGGGAUAGGCACUUGCAGGCAGAAUGGGAAUGCUUAAAAUUCACCAGCAGUGAACAGGUGAGCAGCCUUAAAGCCCAAUUCUCCCUGUUUAGCAUGUAGAAUCUGGGCUAUGAAAGAGCAGAAAUCUGGUGAUCCUUUCACCAGAGAAUCAAGAAGCUGAUUUAUCUCUUUCUUUAAACUUAAAAUGUUAUGUGAAGGUCUGUACCGUGCUACCUGUGUAUUUACAUCUGUUACCUCUCAAUGCAAAAUGACCUGUCUUCUAAUCUUUGUAUUUUGAAAUCCUACCUACUUUACUGCUGUGGCCUUUCUCCUCCAAGAACAUGCUGGUCUGAGUGCAGUGUUAGCACAUGACUCAUUUGCUGGAACUGAAAUCAGGAGUCUUUUCUCCCAUCAAUUCCUGCUCAGCUGUUGCAGGAAUUUUCUGUAGCUCCUGCAACAGAGCGGUGUUCAAACCAGACCAAACUGAUGGUUGGGAUCUACCAAAAUGGAGAAUUCUUCCCUGAAGUGAGAUGUAAAAUGACAUUCAUUUUAUCCCAUCCUUCCUCUAGCUUCAACAGAGGGGAAAUGUGUUACCACUGACUCUUCAGGUCCAAUUCUGUCACCUUCUGCCUUUCUGCAAGUUAUUCCAUGACUUGCCAUUAAAUAAAAUACUGUUCAGUUUUAUAGGGAUGGCAGAAUCUGAUCCUUCAUGCUUAUGACUACUAGUUAUCCAGGAAAGCCUGGGAUGAGGAGGGGGGGGAACAGAUUACUCAUGUAGGAUUAUAGAGUUGGAUUCUUACCUGGUGUGAGUAGGUGCAGAUAUUUUGUCUUCAGAAAGCGGGGAGAAAUCCUCAUCUUCCUUGCUUAGCAUAUUCCUAGCUUUCACUAAGGCUGUGCUCAUCCAUAUCAGCUGAGGACCUAAUCAUAGUCUUUGCCUUAGGAUGCUAAAUGAAAUGAUUUUGACUUUGUAUUUAUAAAGGACGUAACUGUUUGAGAACACUUUUUACUAAUAUCAACAGUGGCAUGUUUGUAUUGUGGGGAAGGGUUUGUUGGUUUGGUUUUUUAGUUUCUUUUGCCUUUCCUGUAAGUAUCAGAUGUUUUAAACACAAUUUCAGCAUAGCACUUGGGACAAAAUGCUCACAAUUAGCAGUGUUUCCUAGAGACAGACUUCAAUUUCUCAAGAUCCAGGCAUUUAUUAUGAGGACAUAAUCAUAUCAGGAGUAAAUUGAAUUGUGAUAAGUGUAUUGCCAUUGAUUUAGAUUUGCAGUGUGACUCAUAUCUAGAUGAUUAAAUGUGAAGAUGGUCUGCCAGACCAUUCUGAUUAUGGAGUUACAAAGGACAAAGGCCAAAUAUAACUCUUUGUAUUUUCUCAUAAGAGGAACACUCAGUGCUGCAGAUUUUUCCUCACUCUUUCUUCCUUCCUCUAUAAGAAGAGGACCUACAGUUCUGGCACUUGCACUGUUUGGAUUUGUUCCAUAUUGUUGAUUGUUGGGACAGUGUUACAUACCAGAGUUCCAUGCCACACAUUUUACCCUAACCAUUCCCAGCCUACCAAACUUUGUCUGUUGGAUUCCACUCUACAAUUAACCUUCUGUUCAGUAUGGAAAUGUCUGGGAAUCGGUGAGGAAACCCUCCUUUGGCUUCAGCAAGCUAUUUCUUUGCAGCCCUUUGUCUUCAGUGAACGUGGCAAUCCUACUGUGCAGGCACAGCAAAAUGAAUGGAGUUGGGUGCAAUCCAAAUGUCACUGGAGUCGGUAGGGACAACAGUUUCUCCUUGACUUCAGUAAGCAUUGGAUUGGGCCCUCCAAAGCAUAAAGUAUGUUGCUUCCUCUCCAUAUCAGCUUGUGAUUCAGGGUAGUUUCUUGUUACGAAACACAGGUGGCCAGAAAACCCCCUUGUACAUACAGUGUGAAGUAGAUUUUUUUGUUUUCACUUGGAGUUCAUUCUGCGUACGAGCAGAACAUCAGUGUGUUCAUUAGAGCAUCUUUGAAUCCUGCUGACCUUUUAGUCUAAGAAUCCAAAUCACUCUCCUAUUGAUUUGACAAGCAAAAGCCUGUCUUUAAUGUCAGGAUUGGGCUGGGAUGGGUAGCUCUUACAUGGGUAGUCAGCUAUCAGAGCAUGAGUGUGCUGGGUGGCUACCCAAGUAAGACACUGCUUGCCAACAGAGGUGAGCUAUUCCUGAUCUGUCCUUCAGCUACAGGGGAUCUGAAGCAAUCCUGCAAAUACUUCAGUGAUUUGAAAAUGGCUUACUUACUUUGACCACUUCUGCCUCUGAUAAGGCAGUACUUUUUAAAAAUUCUUGCUUUUGAUAGUAUAGUAGUAAAUUUUUUAGAAUUUUUGUGGCUUUAACCUUCUGUUAAUAUCUGCACUUGUUUGAGUGUACAUAUAUAAAUAUAUAUAAAUAUAAAAAAGGGAGCCUUAAAGGAUUUGUUUUCAUAAUUUAAUAUUUUUUGUAUUUGCUCUUGUAUAAUUGUUUUUAACUAAAGCUAUUACAGAAAUGAGGAAUACUUAGAACCAAAGUCAUGCUUAAUAAAAUCUUCUACAUGCUUGGAGUA